GCCGAAACAAGGCCGCAUUGCCUCGCAAUUACCUACACCGGUAAGUACACCGUCCUAGCCUCUCCUAGGUCCUCUAUAUCCCUUAAAUCUCUGCAUAAUAACACGACGACUUGAUUACAAGUCUCCAUCAACCCAGAGUCCUAACAUCUCCUUUCAUAUGGCUAUUCAUUCCCUCGUAUAAACACGUUGUAAUUGCUGAGACCCUUUACUACCAAUCCACCAUCAGUCCCAACAUACGAAAAGUUCCCUUUAAAGUAGGAUCACACAUCCCAUCCGACCUGACUUUUUACCACCACAUCACUAUAUACACAAUGACUUUGUCUCGUCGAAGCUCAAAAUCUAUGAGCACUAGUCCAGCAACAUCCUCAUCUAGUCUCUCUCCUAUAUCUCGGCCUACUUCUUUGAUGGCACCCUCUCCGGGAACUUCUUCAAAAAAUAGCAGUGCUCGAACGUCUCCAAAUCGCAACGCAGUCGAUUUACCCCGAACUCAAGUGGCUAGUAAAGGUGGAUGUUGGACAUGCCGACUUCGUCGCAAAAAAUGCGACGAACAGAGAGAAGGUGACUCAUGCAGGACUUGUAUACGUUUGACGAUCGAAUGCCUGGGAUGGGGGCCCAAACGACCAGAGUGGAUGCGGGAUAAGCAAGCCGUAGAAGCUUACAAGGCUGAUAUCAAAGCCCAAUUGACGCGUGCAGGAUUGAUACGGGGUCAACCGCGGUCAUCUAUGCUACAAGCCCAGGCCGCAGCUGCAACGGGACCGAUGAGGACACGGCCAAUGAACACGCACCGUUACUCAGCUCCCGCGACGACCACGAACAGCCCCUCCAAUUCACCUUCUCUGGGAUUGGGCCUUGAUUUUGGUUUUGGAAUCAGUCCAUACAUGGACCCACACCAUCUGCGACAUGAAGCCCUUCUGCCCGGAGUCCCCGGUGCAUCGAAUCCGCAUUUCCAUCAGCUACCCGCUGCUUCCUUCAGUGACCCACAUCUCAACGAUCUUGAUUUAAAUUGCUCAUACUUCCAGUCCCCCCCAGUAGCCACACUUCCGAAUCUCGGCCUGGAUUCCAACGACUACGAUAUCUCCUCCGUCGUUAACCUUCACCAACAUCAAACAAACGGAGGGUUUGAGUUUAAUGUACACGCACCUCCAGAGCUGAAUUUCCCUGUGGUUUCCAACCAAAAUUCUAUACAGGAAAAUCAUGUAAUGUAUUACUUUGAGAACGUUCGUUCUGCCCACUUCCUGUUCGCGGGAAACACAACAACAAACGUAGUUUAUUCGUUAAUUGUCCAAGAGCCGCGAGGAGCUGUAACGAACGCCGUAUGUGCACUCGCCAGUCUGCAUUUCACUCGAAAGAGAGUAGCAGAAGGCCUCGAAGCACCAGACCCGAAUCCUGAUCACUCGACGGCAAAAUACUUUUACGACGAGUCGUAUUUCCAACUAGCCAAUGCCCAGCAAAUCCGAGGCCAGUACAACGAAAGCGACGUCAUCGCGGCAUUGCAUCUCGUCUACUUUUCGCAGAUGUCGGGAGGAUCAAUGGACUGGACGCCUGUGCUCAGCAUCGCAUCGGACUGGCUAUCUCAAAUUGGUUUACCGGACGAAGAAGACCCGAGAUCAGUGUUGAACACCAUGUCCCUUUCGGCCCAGAUAGCUGUCAAAGGCACGAUGUGGAUAGAUAUCUUCGCUAGUUUAACCUCGAUGCGCCCACCCAAAUAUUUUAUGUUAUACCAACGCCUUCUGAGCCAUUCAGCAUGGUCUACAGAUGUGAAUCCCUCCCACCCCCAAGCUCUUCCAAUGGAAACAUUGACGGGCUGUCCUGACGACGCCCUGCUUGCGAUCGCGGAGAUUUCCGCUUUAGCUCACUGGAAAAGCAUGGAACGAAUCAAAGGGACCUUAAACUAUAGAGAGCUUAUCCAUCGAGGGGACAUUGUUGAACAGCGCUUGCGCCAGAGACCCGACACCCCUGUCUUCGAGAAGGAUGCGCCACUGCACCCAAACCUCUUACAACCUUCAAUAACGGAUGUUAUAUUUCCAAAUGAGGAAGUGCGGAAACUACUUGCCAGCAUCUUCCGCGCGACUGCCUUAUUGUAUCUUCACACGGUUCUUCAUGACUCUAAUCCUGGGGUAUCUGACAUUAGUGUCUCUGUGGACGGGGUAGUCCAACUAAUUCACCAGUUGCAGCCUUCGAAUGUCGAUCGUGUGAUAGUUUUUCCUAUAUGUCUAGCGGCCUGUAUGACAGAUGAUCUUAUCCAUCGAGACUUCCUUAAAGGAAGGCUUCAGGCUCAGGAUGAGAGCAUAGGAAAUCUGAUGAAAGCCAGAUUGUUGAUGGAAGCGGUAUGGCAGAAACGGGACGUCUCAGGAGGGACAGUGGACUGGCGAGAAACAAUGCGGGAUCGAGCCUUGAACUUGCUUUUGUUAUGAUUAAUUGACGACUAUGCUUCAGACUUUCAGAAUAGUUAUACCCUCAACAUAUUUACCCACCUUAAAAUAAUUCUCGUUGGCUACCAUGUAUCGCGUAUAACCUCCUUUGUACUAUUAUCUGCAUCUGGUUAAAAUGAGGCUUCCCUCUAGAUUUUUAUUGAAUACAAAUCCUCUAGGGUGAGGAUUUCAGCAACUUGUCAAUCCUUUCAAUUUCGGUUUAUUUUGGUGAGUACGCACCGGCGACCAUAUGGACUUGGGGUUCAUCGGAGUUACCAAAAUAGGCUUGGCUUCACAACCAUGUCAUCGUCAGCUACAAAUUACGAGUCUACAACGGCGAAAAAGGCAGUCAGCGUUAUCUUCAUGACAAAAGAUAAUAAAUGCUUACCUUUGAAGGGUUGGACAAAGAUC